CUAAAUUUCCCACAACAAAAACAUCAUCAACUCUUCUUAUUACUACAAACUACAACAACUUCUACUACUUUCAUACCAUUCCAGCCUAGCUCUACUACUUCUUCUUCUUCUUCUUCUUCUUAUUGUCAAAUAUUAUUGUUGGCAUUGUUACAUUUUGAUAUAUUAUUAAUAAUUAUAAUGGAGAGAGUGACUAAGAUGGCAUCAGAGAAGCCAGUGGUGAUCUUCAGCAGAAGCACUUGUUGCAUGUGCCACACCAUAAAGACAUUGUUCUGUGAUUUUGGUGUGAACCCAACGGUUUACGAGCUAGACGAGAUCCCAAGAGGGAGAGAGAUCGAACAAGCCCUCACCAUGCUCGGCUGCAGCCCCACUGUACCCGCAGUCUUCAUUGGUGGUCAGCUCGUUGGUGGUGCCAAUGAGGUCAUGAGCCUUCAUCUCAAGAGGUCCUUAAUUCCAAUGCUCAAAAGCGUUGGAGCUUUAUGGGUUUAAUUAAUCCCAAUAUAUAUUAUGUUUCUUAUAACCCUAUUACCUUUCACGUACGUAAGUUUAGAGUUUUAAGAGAUUAUAUAUAUAUAUUAAUAUUAUAUAUAUAACGGAAUAUGAAAAUAGCUUAUAGAAUGAGCUUUAAUUAAGUUAUUAUAAAAAUAAUAAUAAUAAUAAGCAUAGCUUAAUUAGACUACUUUUUCCUUUUUUGAAGAAAGUAGUUAGUAAGCUAGCUAGCUAAAUAUAUAUAUAUAUAUAUAUAUAAUAUGUAUAAUCUACUACUUGGUGUGUACUGUGUAGUACUUAGCCUUUUUGUAACACUAUUAUUAUAAUAUAAUUAAUGAAUAUAUUGUGUUUUUCUUAUA